AUGUCAAAAAAACAAGUUUUAUUUGUCGGAGAGUUAAAUAAGUCUCUACCACAAUACAAAGAGUUUCAAGAGAAAUAUGAAUGCAUAGACUAUACAAUUAUAUCAAGGGAUCAACUUUUACUAGAUCUUUAUACAAAAUAUAAGGAUAUAUACGCAAUAUAUGGUGCAUGGUUGGGCUUUAUGCAAAUUGGAGGCUUUCGUGAAAUUUUGAAAUACUAUAAACCUAAAAAUUUAAAAAUCAUUUCAUAUUGUUCGGUAGGAUAUGAUCAUAUUGAUGCUAAAGCUCUAUCUAAAAAAGAUAUUGUAAUGACCAACGUACCAAGUGAUGGUGCUGCAUUACCUGUUGCUGACUUGGUAUUAUUUUUGACUAUAACAAGUUUCAGACAAUUUCAAAUGUACUCAAACCAGUACACUAAAGUACCUUACACAAUACAAUUGAGGUAUAGACUAGCAAAUGAACCAUUCGACAAAGAACAAGGAGAAGUCAAAUUGAAGCCAAAUGGCGUCAUAGGAUAUGAUUUUGGAGAAUACUUGAAUAAGAGACCAAAUUUAAACCCUCUGGGACAUAGAGUAGUGAUAAUUGGAUUCGGACAAAUAGGUAAAUUGAUAGGUUUGAAAUUGUCCCAAUUAGGCAUGCAAGUCACAUAUAUUAAAAGAAAUAAAUUAAAGAGUGAAGAGGAAAGUAAACUCGAUUACAAAGCUACUUAUGCUUCUUCCUUAAAUGAGGCUAUUGAUCAAGGAAAAGUAGAUUUAAUAGUUAUUGCAUGUCCACUAACACAUGAAACUCAUCAUUUACUUAACUCAGAAAUAAUUGAUAAAAUACCAAAUCCAUUUAGAAUUAUCAAUAUUGGAAGAGGUCCAAUAAUUGAUGAAUCUGCAUUAUUGGUUGGAUUAAAAUCUGGUAAAAUUUUAUUUGCUGGUUUAGAUGUUUUUGAAACUGAGCCUGCUAUUAAUCCAGAACUUAUUGGGAGAGAUGAUGUUUAUUUAACUCCUCAUAUUGGUGCUUCCACUGUGGAGAAUUUUGAUUAUACUGCAAUUGAAGCUAUGAGAAAUAUUGAUUUGGUUUUACAAGGUAAUGAGGCUGUUAAUAAAGUCAAUUGA